CUGUUGGUUUCUCCUUAAUAAAAGCUCGAAUCGACAAAACUUCGCAAAUCAAAUCCAACACCCCAUCUCUUCAGUCUUCCCUCUCUCUCUCAGAACCCGAAUUUUCAGGCGACCCAGAUCGGCUUCCGGCGAAAACCCAGAGUUCUACCGAUGACCCAUCAAGGAUUUCCACGUACCCAGAUCGGAUCCAAGUGUUUUUCAUUGUAAAAAUAUCUCUCAGAUGAAGCUUGGAUCCAAUUCCAACUGAUUGGGGACUACCACCGGCCCACAAGAGUAAACGGGAAGCUGAGAUAGAGAUUGGAUCUGUGAAGUAGACGUAGAGAUCAACUUGACUCUGGUCUUUGGAGAAUCAACCCAGACGAUGAGAUAUUGAGUUUGAAUCGAGAUAUCUCAUCCGAAGCCAAUGUUGGGUAAGGUGGUGAUCGCGGUAAGGUUGUGUGUUGGAUCGGAAAUGGAAAGAUGAGAUUGAAAUCUCGUUUGGCUAUCAAAUUGAUGGGGAACUGUUUCACCGCUGAAGACAAACCAGUUAAGAGUAAGCCGGUUGAGAUAUCUCCAUCCAAGAACAGACUAGAAGCACAAACAAACAACGGCAAUGGAAGCAUUUCUUUGACUCCCAAGAAUGUCAAAGAUCUUCGUCAGAACCCCGGGUAUAGUAAUGUUGACAUCUUUACAUAUAAUGAGAUGAGACUGGCUACCAAGAACUUCCGGCCAGAUCAAAUUCUCGGCGAGGGAGGAUUUGGGAUCGUGUACAAAGGGAUUUUAGAUGAGAAUGUAAGACCAGGUUAUAAGAGCACCCAAGUUGCAAUUAAGGAGCUAAAUCCAGACGGAUUCCAAGGCGACAGAGAAUGGCUGGCAGAGGUAAAUUAUCUUGGGCAGCUCAGCCACCCUAAUCUUGUGAAACUCAUUGGGUACUGCUGUGAGGAUGAACACAGGCUACUGGUCUAUGAAUAUAUGGCCUGUGGGAGCCUGGAAAAACAUCUUUUUCGUCGAGUAUGUGUAACAUUGCCUUGGUCCACUAGAAUGAAGAUUGCUUUAGGUGCUGCAAAAGGGCUUGCAUUUCUUCAUGGAGCAGAAAGAUCUAUAAUAUAUCGUGAUUUCAAGACUUCAAAUAUUCUUCUGGAUGCGGAGUACAAUGCAAAGCUUUCAGAUUUUGGACUUGCGAAGGAUGGGCCUAUGGGAGACCAGACUCAUGUGUCCACACGAGUUAUGGGUACCUAUGGAUAUGCAGCUCCGGAGUAUGUAAUGACUGGUCAUCUAACAGCUCGAAGUGAUGUUUAUGGGUUUGGGGUUGUGCUCCUUGAGAUGCUCAUUGGAAGGAGAGCAAUGGACAAGAGCAGACCAAGCCGAGAACACAACUUAGUUGAGUGGGCACGUCCACUCUUGAACCAUAAUAGGAAGCUUUUGAGAAUCUUGGACCCAAGAAUGGAAGGUCAGUACUCUGUGAGAGCCGCCCAAAAGAUUGCCAAUUUGGCAUAUCAAUGCCUUAGUCAAAACCCCAAAGGAAGACCUACCAUGAGUCAGGUGGUUGAGAUACUGGAAGCCUUUCAAAUACAAGCUGAGAACAGGGAAGACGCACUGCUCCAGAGUGGAGGCAGUGGUGUAACCCUUUACGAGGUUCCUAAGAACAAUCCUGAUAAUCCUACAGAGGGUAGGAGAAAAGCAAGCAAAAGUGAGGAUGAGAAAGAACCUGACGUGGAUCAUCAAAAACAAACAAAAGCAGGCAAUGGCAGAAGGAGCAGGAGCAAGAGUGAACUUCCCAUGGAUUCUGAUUUGUAUAGCCCUUCUCCAGACCGUCAACCCCGGGAGAAGAAAUCGCCUGCUGCAAGAAAUGGAAGAAAGACACCAUCUAUGGAUGGAGUUGAUCUGUACAAGCUCUGAAGAGGAACCAAUGAAUUUGUUUUUUGUUUUUUUUUUUUUUUGGCUGAAUUGGUAUUUCUAGGAAUUUGUGCUAUAAACUCCGUUUUCUUCCCACCUUGAAAAUAUUUUCGAGCUUUAAAUUUUCAUUUUGAUUUAAUAUAAAAACACUUGCAUAGAGAAAGUCA